AUGGGAUCAAUUAACAAUAUGACCCUGAUUGAAAGAUUGACCGGCCGUGAUAAUUUUGCAAGCUGGAAGUUUGCAGUCAAGACGUAUUUAGAGCAUGAGGAUUUGUGGGAAUGCGUAUCAGGCACCGACGAGGUAAAUCCAAAGAAAGACAUCAAGGCAAAGUCAAAAAUAAUACUUUUAGUGGAUCCCAUUAAUUACGUCCACGUUCAGGAUGCCAGUAGUGCCAAGGAAGUAUGGGAAAAGCUCUGUAAAGCAUUUGAUGACUCCGGCUUAACACGUCGAGUUGGAUUACUACGAGAUCUCAUAACGACAACACUUGAAAAUUGUCAAAGUAUUGAAGAAUACGUAAACAAAAUUAUGACCACAGCGCACAAGCUUCGGAACAUUGGGUUCAAGGUCGACGACGAGUGGCUAGGCACGUUGUUACUUGCGGGACUCCCAGAUGAAUAUAAGCCUAUGAUUAUGGCUAUAGAAAGCUCCGGUGUCGCUAUAACAGCAGACUCAAUCAAAAGUAAACUGUUACAGGAAGUCAAAAAUCGUGAUCCAAGUGUAUUCUUUGUAAACAAGAGCAAUAAUAACAAGCAACUGUCCAAACAGAAUAAACAAACAAAAGGGCCAAGAUCUUAUUCAUGUAACAACCAUGGACAUAUAGCCAAACACUGUAAAGUGAAAAACAACAAGAAGCAAAUUGAUAACUCUUUUGUAGGUGUUUUUUCAGCCAUAAACAACAACAGUUCCGGGUGGUAUGUGGAUACAGGUGCGGGGAUGCAUAUGACUAUGAAUAAGGAUUGGAUUUAUGAUGAAAUUCAACCACCUAUCAAGACCAUCCGAGUAGCCAACAACAAAGAACUGCGAGUUGAGUCCUGUGGUAAGGUGAACAUUCAUGUAAAAAAUAAGAAUGGAUCUACAAACAGUAUACAGGUAAAAAAUGUCCUUUAUGUACCUGAGUUAUCAACCAAUCUUCUCUCAGUUAGUAACAUCAUCAAUAAUAAAGGUAAUAUAAAGUUUGACAGUAAAGGUUGUUAUCUAUAUAACAAAGAUAAUGUUGAAGUAGCAAUGGCAACACUUGUUAAUAAUAUGUACAAGCUGAACGUUGUCUCAGUUCAAGCAUUUUCAUCAACCAUUAAUGAUGAUUUUUAUCUUUGGCAUCAGAGACUGGGUCAUCUGAACUACAAUGACAUGAAGAAGCUGAAAGAUCACACUGAUGGUGUGAAAAUACCUCAGAACAGUGAACUGACCUGCGUGUCGUGCAUUGAAGGGAAACAGGCAAGGUCACCAUUUCCAUGUGAAGGUUCCAGAGCAAAUCAACUGCUAGAAAUCAUUCACUCCGACAUAUGUGGACCUAUGGAGGUAAAUUCCCUCGGAAAUGCAAGGUACUUUCUCACUUUUACAGAUGAUUUCUCUAGAAAAGUGUGUGUCUUUACUAUAAAAUCAAAGUCAGAAUGUCUAGAUAAAUUUAAGGAAUAUAAGUCUUAUGCUGAAAAUAAACUUGAUACAAAGAUCAAGACACUUCGAACUGAUAAUGGAACUGAGUACUUAAAUAAGAACUUUACUAAUUAUUUAAAGUUACAUGGAAUUAAUCACCAGACAUCUACACCCUAUACUCCACAGCAAAAUGGUCUCUCAGAAAGAAUGAAUAGGACAUUGCUCGAAAAAGCCAGAUGUAUGUUAAUAAAUGCUAAUUUGCAGAAAUCUCUAUGGGCUGAAGCGAUCAGAACUGCUGCAUACAUUACCAACCGUACACCAACGCGAGCACUGAACUAUAAGACACCAGAGGAAGUAUGGAGUGGACGUAAACCCAACUUGAGUCAUAUGAGGAUAUUUGGUUGUGAAGCUAUGAUGCAUAUACCUAAGGAAAAAUUAAAAAAAUGGGACUCCAAGUCAUAUACAAUACCAGUUACAUUAUCUGACACUGAGAAACAACAACAACAACAAGUAAGUAGUAAUAGCCUAUCUGAAAGCAGUGAUUGUAGUAUGGAUAUGUCUACUCACACCGCAGUGGAAACAUGUGAUGAUAGUGAUGAGGAAUAUGUGCCUGAGCAGUCAAUUGGAACGCCACUGACCUCAAACAUCACUCUCCGUCCACGUAACAGACCAAAUCCAACGGUAGAACCUAAGUCUUAUCUAUGUAUGGCCAAUGUACCACAGACAUAUGAAGAUGCACUUUCCUCUGAAGACUCUGAAUUGUGGAUUAAGUCAAUUAAAAAAGAAUUGAAGGCACAUGAGGACAAUGGCACUUGGGAGCUAGUGAAGAAACCAGACAAUGUGAGGCUAUUAGACUGUAAGUGGGUGUUUCGUGUUAAAAAUGAAGAAAAUGGUCCUAGAUAUAAAUCUAGACUGUGUGCCAAAGGCUUUGCCCAGAAAAGAGGCAUCGAUUACACUGAAACAUUCUCUCCGACGGUCAGGUAUGACUCCAUUCGCUUACUAUUGUCUAUUGUAGCUGAGAAACGCAUGGCUAUAAUGCAAUUUGAUAUUAAAACUGUUUUCCUUCAUGGUGAAUUACAAGAAGAAAUAUACAUGAAACCUCCUGAAGGGCUAGAUGUUGAAAAUAACAUGGCUUGCAAGCUUAUUAAAUCCUUGUAUGGACUGAAACAAGCACCACGCUGCUGGAAUGCUAAGUUCAAUUCAGUUUUGAAUAAAUAUGGCUUCUUGAACAGUCAUGCCGAUAAAUGUGUGUAUAAAAGUACAGUGCUUGAGAAUGAAAAAUGCUUCCCUUAUAGAGAAGCAGUAGGAUCGCUUAUGUUUGCUGCCAUAGUCACCAGACCCGACAUAAUGUUUGCAGUGAGCACUGUCAGCCGAUUUCUCAACAGCCAUGAUCAAAGUCAUUGGAAUGCUGUCAAGAAAAUAUUUAAAUAUUUAAAAGGAACAUUAAGUUUUGGACUCUGUUUCAGGUCAAAUGAAAAUAACACUUUGGAAUCCUAUUCUGAUGCAGAUUAUGCCAAUGAUCCCGUGACAAGGCGGUCGACCACAGGAUAUGUCUUCAUGAAAAAUGGAGCAGCCAUAACAUGGAACAGUCAACGACAAACAACCGUUGCGCUAUCUACUACCGAGGCUGAGUUCAUGGCAUCCUGCUCUGCCACAAAAGAAGCUCUCUGA